CACGCGUGCAAGGCAUCGUGAUGCAUCUACGAAGGACCGGUAAACCUUCUUACGAGGGUCGACCAUUAAUUUGUUUGUCCACAGUUAGACCGCGACUUUUGAUGCACGUGGGUCAGUUCGGAAUAGUACGCGGUCGAGUCACUCUCGCUUUCUUUCCUACGAGCCUAAAUCUAAUUCUUUCAUUCAAACUUUUCAGUGAUAGUGCGCUCUGUGUUCGUUAUUUGUUAAUUUUCGUGCAAUUCGUUUGGGAUGUAACUGACAGUGAUGGUGACUUUUGAUCACAAAAAGUCGAUCAAAAUUUAAAAACUUACAUACUUAAAAUUUCAAAAUGCCAAGCCUUUAAGACAAAUUUCAAAGUGUUCAAGCAAUCAAACCAGUCUACUAUUAUUAUAGAAAAAAAAUUUGACCAGCUAUUUUGUAAUAAAAAAUUCGCCCUCAAAAUGGACUCCGCACGCGACUCAUCAAACGCAGGAAACGGAGACGCAUACCGAAAACGUCGCAAUUCAUACAGCGCGGCGAUGAUUAACGAGCCUGUGAUAACGGACGGGUCAGAAUACGUUCAUCAGGAAGUUCCAAUAAAAUCCCAGCAGCUGGUGGUCCAGAAGAAGUCCAAGCUGCCGGACAAUUCGAGCCUGGAAUCGGAAAGUUGGUCCACGGAGAGUUCGGCGAAACGUGACCUGACCAGAACUCCGUCCACAGAUACCAGUCGGUCCUGGACCGAAAGCGAAAUACCGGAGAUGUUCCUGUCACAUCCGGAACUGUUGACCAGAUUGGCCAAGUGUCGUUGCUUUUUAGCCGCAAAAUGGUCGGCCUCGAGCGAGUGUCAGUGUCUGUGUCAGUGUCGUUGCAGUCAGUGUCAGUAUUAUCGUCGCAAGAUCUCGACCUGCUCGAGCAGAGAUCACGCGUUCCUAUUCGGUUUCAAGAGGAAGGACUCGAGCUACUCGGUGUCAACCUGCCAGAGUAUCCUGCCACCGUCUUCCGGCAGGAACUCGGUCGCCAGCCUGUUCCACGAGAUCAAGGAGGAUCGCGUGGACGGUCCGGAGUCGAUCGUCCAGGUGAUCCAACGUCGGCACUCGGAUCAAACGCAGUCGCCACGCGGUUGCAAGAUCGGCCAGCAAGAUAACCGGCGAUUCUCCGAACAAACGCUCGUUGGGGAAGCAAACGAUCCUAGAAGAAGCAGCAACGAUGCGAAAACAGUGGUCGCGAGAAGUCCCCGUGUGUCGCCCGAGAAGAUGAUCAGACCGAAGGAACAGUGGGCUUCGCAUAACGAAAGUCACGAGACGGACCCGUCGAAGGAACCCCUGAUGGACAAACGUCUCACUCAGAGGCAGAAAAAGGCGAGGAAAGAGGAGGAUUGUUUGAGCGAACGACGAAGGAGCAGCACGACCAUCACGCCCAAGAUGAUGAGGAGACGAUUCUCGGAGCAGCUGAUCCUCGAAGGUGGCUUAGGCAGCGUUAACGAUUGCGAGGACCUCGUAGAGGAACCUGAAGAAGGCGCGGAAGAAGAGUCUCUCACCGCGAUAAAUGCCCGUAAGAGGAUUACCCUCAAAAAGCAUUAUUAUCCCGAGGGCGGAUGGGGACAUGUGAUCGUAUUGGUCGCGGUUCUCGUGCAAGUAAUCUGUCAUGGACUACAACUUAGCGCGGGAGUCCUCCUCGUUCCGGCGGUGCAGACGUUUCAUUGGAGAAUCGAACAUGCAGCAAGAAAGCAGGAAUCUUCCGGUGGAAAGGAAAUGGAAGAGGCAGAGGAGGCAGACAACCGAGGUCGAAGACGGCGAAGACGACGCAGACGAGGACGCGACGUUGAGGAUCACUUCGAGGCCUGAGAGAUUCGGAGAA